UGCCUCUCUCUGUCUGUGAAACAGGAUCAGUACAGCCCCACACUGCAGCCAAACAGAACUCAUCCCAUAUUAGAGACCGACUGGGAAGAGACAGACCCACAAACACAAAGCAAGCAGCCAUGGCCUCAGAACUGGAGCUUCACUUCUGUGAAGACAGCCAUCUUACAGAGUGCAUGAGGCUGCGGGCUCAAAGCGUGCAGGACAGGAACCAGACGCGUCAGGAUGGUGAGAAGCUGCUGCGGCCCAAGGAGUAUGUGUACCGGCUGGAGUUCACCGAGCAGAAGCUCAAGUUCCAGAAGUGGAACAUUCAGCUGGGCGUCCCGGGGAAGAUCAUCAUCACAGGCACCUCCCAGCACUGGACACCCGACCUCACCAACCUCAUGACCAGGCAGCUCCUGGACCCUGCUGGGAUCUUCUGGAAGAAGGAGGGGGAAGACCAGAUCCAGUGCUAUGAGGCAGACGCCCAGGAAUUCGGGGAGCGGAUAGCGGAGCUCGCCAGGAUCCGAAAGGUGAUGUACUUCCUGGUGACGUUCGAAGACGGCACAGAUCCAGCCAACAUCAACUGCUCAAUAACUUUCAAAGUGUGAUUGGCGAAAUAUUUUUCACUUGCCUACUUUCUUACUUGUUUGUUUGUUUAUUUAUUUUAACUUGCUGCAGUGGGAAGGGUUUUCUUGCUGUGUUUUUCCGCCUACAGUAGACGUCCUGUAUGUAAUUCUAUCGAAUAUGUUUCUUUGUGCUUUAAUGUUUGAAUGCUUGAAUAUGCACAUUGUGCAACUGGGACUAAAAAACAGUGAUUGAACCUGCUCUAAUACAAAUAGGCAUACAGUGAAAAAAGCACAGAGUAAUAACAAGCAAGCUUUCUGUAUACAGCUUCUGCUCUAAAUGCAGAAUGUAUUAUGUUUGCCCACAGUUUGAUGUUUUUGUUUGUUUGUUUUUGCAGAGUAUAUAGCAGAAAUGUAUCUGUUCCGUGUUCUGAAUAAUUCCAGCACCAGUUUAUUAGAAAUAUGCUUAAGAUGACACGUUUCUAUUUUUAAGCUUACAUAAUAUUAUAUAUAUAUAUAAAAGUACAGAUAUAUAAUUGUGAAGCAGCUGCAUUAAAGUAUAUGGCAGAUUUACUCAUCUAAUAUAAACUGUAUUUAUGAGAACAGUCCUUGAUCUGUGUGCGCCAGUAGACCAGCUGUUAAACACCACUACUGGAAAAGGCUUUGGAAGCAGCAAGCUGGUGACACUUUGAUGGUAUUGAUUGUAUUUCAUGACAUGUCCCCUCAAGGCGCUAAUUACAAUGGAGUACUCCACAGGGAGAUUUUAGUGAUGAAAAAAUCAUCCCGCUUGGCUUGUUUGCAUCCUUCCCAAAUUCACAGCUACAACAUUCUGAAUGUCAAACAUUUCCAGGGCUCCAAAAUAAAAAUUACCCUCAUCUCUCAAUACUCACUUUGCAAAUAAUGCAGUACAAAGAAAAUGCCUGUAUUAUAGUGUAAUGUGUUAGGUUUCUUUUUUUUUAGAUUAAAAAGGUGUUUUUUUGUGUGCAUUUUUUUAAAACAAGCUCACACAGUUAAGAUAUUAAAACUAUACAUGACACAUUUGCAUAUGACCAGAACUAAAACUACAAAACAAAAAACUACGAAAAUGAUAUUCUGAUUAUUGUAAAAACGUGUACACAUUACUUGUAAUGAUCAAUUAUACCGGUGCUAUCAAAAGUGUGAUUUCUAAUUUAUAAAACAAUGAAUCUGUCAUUGUAAUGUCAGUUCCAGUAAACGAGACACCAAGAUAAACAGAAAUAUGCAAUAUGUUUUUUAGUUUUUUUUUUAUAAAUCAUGAAGGUCUUUAUUUCUUUCAAUGUCAGUUUCCCUUUAGAAAAUGACUGGUAUUUGAAUUAGCCCUGAACUCCCUGAAAUUUUAAAUUAGUGCAAAAAUAAAAUAAAAAAUAAAGCUACUAAAAACUGCAAGUACAUAUGUGGUGUCAUUACUUCAUAGAUCUCACUUCCAAUUAUAAAAGGCAUACACAUUAUGGUAAACGUGAAUUAGAACACCUUUACUUUCAUUGCUGAGGGACUUCUAAAGAACUACAAAUCCCAGAAUCCUCCCGCUUUUGCUCCCCAUUGCAGUACCAUAAACAAUCACAGCUGUUUGCUAUGACUGAUGUGUUUUCAAUGUCUCUGCACUCCCAAUGGGCCCUCUUGCAGGAAGUGCAGCAAUGAAAUAUUUUUCAGGGAGCCAUCAGUCCAUUUUACCCAUUAAUGCUGUGAAUAAAGUAACAUUACAAAAUCCAAAAUGCACCUUUACUCUAAUGUGUUCAUUAAAUAAUGUAGUUGUACAUUUUAAAUGUUGUAAACUCUAAAACAAAUAGAACACAUUUGCUCUUGAGCAAAUGCAGAAAAAAACCUGUCCCUUUGAACUACUGUACAUGUACCAAUGUCUUGUAUAAAUACAACUGUAGAUUCACAUCAAUGAUCUGUAACCCUACAGUACUUUUAGAUACAGUCAUGCAAUAAUACCCAUGGAAAAUAGAACAGUCGAUUGGAGAAAGAAUUCUAUUAUUGUGUCAUAUUGUGUUCUUCUAUAUUGUAUGUAAUAGAAAGUGUAAUAGGCCUUUGUUAUACGAUUGAAUAGAUGUAUAGUGCACAGCCUACAGAGCCUUUUAUUUUUGGUUUCGUAGAAAUUCAGGAACUGUAAGCCCACGGUACUGGCAGACCGAUAAAUACAUGUAAAUUGCGUUACUGUGCCUUUAUUAACAGCAUAUCAUUGCUUGUUUUAAACGGGAUGUCCUUGCGAGAGGGAGACCAUUGG